AAUUCCUUCCGAGGAAUGACGCACAGCCUCGCGCCACAGCGCAGAGCCGGCACCCCGCUCGGCACCGGCAUUGCAACUUGUGCACUGCACAGGCGCCCCUGGAGGAAAGAGGAGGAGCGCCAGCCAGACUGCGCCCGCCCUUUGCUUCAUCGAGUACGGAAGGAAACCUCCUCCUCCUCCUCCUCCCCCUCCUCUUCUUUGCUGCUAGACGCCGGGCCGGCUCUUCUGGGCCCUCUCGCCGGCCUCAUGGCUCCUGCGCCGCGCGUUUCGGAGCUGCGACAGGCCGGGAACAACCAGUUCCGCAACGGGCAGUACAGCCAAGCGGCCACCCUCUACGGCCGGGCCCUGCAGUUGCUGGAAGCCACAGGUACAGGCGGGCGAGGGGAGAGCCCCCAGCAAGGCCUCAGGAGGAUCCGGGGAAUGGGGCAGGAGAAGGGAAGAGGUCCUUGGUGGGAAUCCAGGACAGGGGAUGUGAAUCCUGAAGACAAGAGCGUUCUUUAUUCCAAUCGUGCUGCCUGCUAUUUGAAGGAUGGGAACUGUAGUCUCUGCAUUCAGGAUUGUUCUGUUGCCCUGGAUCUGGUCCCUUUUGGAAUCAAGCCCCUGUUAAGGCGGGCAGCAGCCUAUGAAGCUCUCGAAAGAUACCAAUUAGCCUAUGUGGAUUACAAAACUGUAUUACAGGUUGAUUGCACUGUACAGGCUGCGCAUGAUGGAGUCAACAGAAUGACUAAAGUCUUAUUAGAUGCGCAUGGCCUUCAGUGGCGCCAGAAACUACCACCAAUCCCAGCUGUUCCCGUUUCUGCUCAGAGAAGGUGGGAGUCUCCUCUAGGAAGCCAAGAAGCAACUCCAAAAAACAAAUCAAAUGAUGCUGCAUCUGUAACAAAGCAAGUGCCUGCAGCUGCCACAACUGAGCAACCAAAUGUCUUGAAACAAGAAGGAAAUGACUGUGUAAAGAAGGGUGACUAUAAGAAAGCAAUUGAAAAGUACACGGAGAGCUUAAAACUCCAUAAACUGGAAUGUACAACUUACACUAACAGAGCUCUUUGCUACUUGAAUCUGAAGCAGUACAAGGAAGCCAUUCAGGAUUGCUCAGAAGCCCUUAAAUUAGACCCUAAGAAUGUCAAGGCGUUUUACAGACGAGCACAAGCAUACAAAGAGCUCAAGGACUACAAAUCCAGCAUAGCAGAUGUCAACAGCCUCUUGAAAAUUGAACCAAAGAACACGGCUGCACAGAAACUACUGAAAGAAUUAAAACUCUUGAAAUGAGACCCAUUGCAGGAUUACGUUGCCCUUUUCUGAAGAGGUGUGAAAAUUGUCACCGGGACCAGCCUGAAUACAGGGCCAGCUACGAAAUCCACCUUCCAGACCCACUACCACCUCUCUGGUUCCUUGUUUGUUUAUUUAUAUGUUUUAUAUAGUUUACUCUUCCUCUUAAAGCCUUCAGAAAGUUCAGAUAGACCUCUGAGAUGCACAGCUUCCUAAUUGCUGGGUUUAGUGGCUGAAAAGAUUAUUACAGCAACACUUGUCAAGUAUGUGUUAUUGCUAGCGUGCUUGCCACAAGGAGAAAACUGCAAGCCUCUGCUGGUGUCUGCUUAGAUGUUUUAGGUAGCAGCACAAGUGGUUGGGUUUAACGGAGUGGCAGCUGGAAGUUAGAAUCUCAAGACUAAUCUCUGCUUUGCCUUAACUUUUGUACACUGGGCUUCGUUUGGAGUGUCUGGGCUUCAAAAUGUUAUUUAGGAAUCUUAAAAGCUGCUUUUAUCCCUUACCAAAGAGCCUGGCAGGUCUUGCUGCCCUUAUGCUGGAUGCACCCUUGAGUCGCCAAAAUUUGAGUGUGUUGUUUUAACCUUGGUAUAAGUAUCUGUUUUGUUACAUGCUCAAUGCAUGGCUUUUUUCAUGGACCUGUCAAGAAGGUGCUUGUAAGUUGAGCUUCCUCUCCUGUAGGGAGGCAGCAACAACUUAGAUGGGCACAGCUAUUACAAGACAUGAGUCCUUACAGGAAGGAGACCUGCAUGUUCAAGAACGUUUGCUAUGCAUACCUAGCCCUGAUCAGCAGUGCUCUUAGGUCUUGUUCUCAUAUAUAUCUGAUGAGGUGGGGUUCUCCCACCGUAGGCUAGCAGGUGUGUGUGUGAGUGAGAAUGUGAGUUGUAUCUAAAGAACGUGAGGACUGUCCCAUCGAAAUUAAGAGGACUUAACACUAAUUCCAAUGGUAUUUAGUAAAGACUAACUUUAUUCAGAUAGAACCCAGCAUUCUUCUACAUGGCAAACAGAAUCUCUCCACCCGGAAAAUUAGAUCUUGCUGAGAAGACAAAUAUCCUAAUGUUCUUGAUGUGCUAGUUUUCUGCCGACAGGAAAUUUUCUUUUAUGGAGUAGUGUUUAACCUAGCUGUUCAGAGCUAGUCUUAAGUUAGCCACUAAACUGGAGCAAACAAAUCUCCAGCCGAGCCUAAGGAUGUGCACGAACCUGUUCGGAGGCCCUUUUACAGGCCUCUGAACAGGUUAAAACACUGGCCGGUUGGAACAUUCAGCGGGGGUGAGGGCUAGGACUUUAAGGAUGGGGAAGGGUGCACUUAUCCCUCCUCCCACUUUCCCCCCGCCAGCACUGGAGUUGGGUAAAAUCCCUCAGGGUGGCAGCAUACCUCCUUGCCGCCCCUUCUUCCUUGGCCGGAAGUACCGGGCACGUGUGCACAUCAGACGAGCUUGCGCACGAUCGCAACAUGCAUGUGCACGCGGGGGGAAAGUGGCAGGAGGGGUAAGUGUACCCUCCCCCACCCCUUCAAGCCACCCCCGCCUGGUUCCAUGCACAUCCCUAGCCGAGUCCCCUUCAUUGCCUUAGAAGAGGGUUUCCCAACCAUUAGGCCCAGCUGUUGGGCCAACUCCCAUGAUCCCCAGCCACAGUGGCCAAACUCAUUGUUGCUGGGGUUGAUAGGAGUUGUGGACCAACCACGGGUGGGCACCCAAGGUUAGGAACCUCUGCCUUAGAGCUGCUGACUCAGGGUUAGGUGAGACAGCUUCUCAACACAGGCCAGUAAUAACAGAAGCUGUGCACCAAGGACCUUGGAGAACAGCUGCAGUUAAUGGUGCACAGCAGAUCACAAGCACAGUGCUAUUGGCAGCUGCAUCUCUUGCUGCUUCUUGCUCUUUCAGUAGUUGAGGGGAGAAAAAUUGUUGCCCACAGAACCUUUUGUGUUUUUUCUUGCUUUCUUUGGGCAUCACUUCAAGGAAUAAAUCUGGGUUUGUGCACCCCAAGUUAGCCAUGCUCCUGCUGCUGUUUUGAAUGUUUAAAUAAACUUGUUUGACUCUG